AAGAAAGGAUGGAAGCAUUUCCAUCUCCGCUCGAAAGUUCUGUUGCGGAGGCUCUUCUCCUUCUCGCCAUCUCUGAAUCAAAACCACAUUCUCUUUCUUCCAACUCUUCAACUCCAAGCUGCUUCGACGAUUAUUCAUCCUUGCACAGUUACAGUACUAAUGGAAAUGAGGACUCGUCUCCAAGCGAUUCGAAAUCGUGUUCUUCAUCUCUCACUUGCGAAGGCUCUUCUAAGGAAACUCGACCUUGUCCGCUGAGAGUUCUCGCAGUUGCAGCUCGUUGUAAUGAGAGGAGGAUCAAGGUGGUGAGAAAGAGUCGCUCCAAGAACUUUCGGAACUUCAACGAUCGGAAAAAUCUCUCAAACCUUUGGAAAAAACUGACAAUAUUAGCUCCGGUGAAAAGGUCACCUGAAACUACUGCAGAAGCUUCUUCACUGUCGACCUCCUCCAGUGGAGUUUCCGGCUCGCCGAGGCGCUAUCUGAUAAGAGGCGGGAGGAAGGAUAAAGACUCAGUUAGUCACGGCGAGGCGUUAAAGAGACAGAAGGUCACUAGCACGGCUUCCAUGCAGCGCCGAGCCGAGUCCAUCUUGAAGUUACUCUCUGUUGGUUGCUCUUCUGAGGUUAGGAUCCGUCGAGUGCUUGGCGACAGUCCUGACACCAGUAAAGCUCUCAGAAUGUUGCUGAAGACGGAGGAAGUCAAGAGAUCAGGUACCGGAGGGCGAACGGACCCAUUCAUGUACAAGGUUGCAGGAUCGGGUAGUGACUUAGACUCGGCUUGAUCGAGUUUUACAGAAGAGGAGGAAAUAUCAUAUCGUAGAGUACAGAGGAAGAAGGUUGGGCACAACCAAUUAAAGUAGGCUCUGGAGUAUGAACUAUAACGGAAUUAACUAAAUCAUAAUUUGUAAAUGGGAAAUAGGAGUUGCCUGUUGGGAAAAUUUUGCUUUCACGAUUUGUUGGCGUUUGGAAGAAAAUUUCUUUUCUUUCAUCCAUCAAGGGAAGGGCUCCCUGAAGUUUAAAAUACGAUUUUUUUUUUUGGGUGGCCUGCAAAGUCU